UCUGGGUAGCUAAAUUUCAAGGAGAGAGAUAAUUCCAUCUAAGACCGGAGAAUGGAACCAUUCACUUCUUCUAUAAUAAGGCCAUAGACUGAACAGAUUAUAAGAUGGACUAUGACCUUAACCCUUCCAAAACCCCAAAACCAUUGAAGCCCAUCACAUUUUCCAUGUCCUUUCGUAACACGCCAUCUCCAUCUGUGUACUGAAGACGCAACUGGCUCAAGCCACGCAACCAGAAACUUCGUUUCGAUUCAUCUUUCUUCAGAAAAACCUUACAGUUCUAGCAAGUACAGCACCAAAAAUACGUAUCUGAUACCGCCAGUAUUCCUGCACAGUUGAAGCUUGGUAUUUAUCUUUUCUUCUCUUUCAAGAAUUACUUGAAAAGAAACAUGAAGGAAGAGCAGUUACCAUCUUUCAACCAUCGCCACACCGACAAUAACAAGAAGAUAAGAUUGGUAUUCAGAUUAUUGAAUUCUCCAGCCGUUUACGUUAUCCUCUUACUGCUAUCCUACGCACUAGGUUACUUAUCAGCUCCAAGCUCCCGCUCUCCACCGCAGCCUUUACCAUCUCCAGAAAUCUUGAAGGUGGGUGAUAACCUCAACACCCAACUAGACAACUUCCGAGUCAAGACUCACUGUGCCAAACCCCUUCCACCCCAGCUCGUCCAUCAAACAAUUCUUGACCGGGUUUUCAACUCCACGUCACCAUAUGACAAUUUUCCUCCCGCGUACGUUAGCGGCCUCCUUAGAGAGAAAAAGUUCAAGGGAUGGGGCUCCUACGGUGAAGUUUUUGAACACCUUAUCCAAAAAGUGAAGCCUAAAGUGAUCAUCGAAGUGGGUACUUUCUUGGGCGCAUCGGCUCUACACAUGGCCGAGUUGACUCGCAAACUCGGGCUGGACUCACAGAUUCUUUGCAUAGACGAUUUUCGCGGGUGGCCCGGGUUUCGUGACCGGUUUGGUUAUGUUAAUAUGAUAAACAGCGACGUUUUGUUGCUGUACCAGUUCAUGCAGAACGUUAUUCACAAAAAUGCUACUGGGUCAGUUUUGCCAAUGCCAUUUUCGAGCGGGUCGGCCUUGGAGAAAUUAUGCGAGUGGGGUGUGUUUGGUGAUUUGAUAGAAAUCGAUGCGGGCCAUGAUUUUAACUCGGCGUGGGCUGAUAUAAACCGGGCGUACCGGAUCUUGAGACCCGGUGGGAUAAUUUUUGGGCACGAUUAUUUUACCGCAGCGGACAAUAGAGGCGUGAGGAGAGCAGUAAAUUUAUUUGCUCAGAUGAAUGGGCUUAAAAUCCACACUGAUGGGCAACAUUGGGUCAUUGACUCCCCCUGAAUUAAGCUAUGAUGGGCCAUGCAUGGAAAAAAUCUUUCAUAAGCCACGUAUAAGGUUGAUCAGGUCUCUUUGGUGUUUGUUAGUGUACAACAAGUAGUAGCCGUUUUGGAGCAAUAAGUGGAGGAUUAUGUGGAAUGGAAUAACAGAGACUUUUUGUUUU